AUGAAGGUGGCUGUGGCGGGGUGCUGCCAUGGCGCUCUGGACAAGAUGUACGAGACGCUGGAACUGCUACAGCGGCGGCACAACGUGCGGCCCGACCUGCUGCUCUGCUGCGGAGAUUUCCAGGCCGUGCGGAACGAGGCGGACCUACGCUGCAUGGCCGUGCCCGCUAAGUACCGCCACAUGGAGACCUUCUACCGGUACUACUCUGGCGAGAAGAAAGCCCCGGUCCUCACAGUGUUCAUCGGCGGGAACCAUGAGGCGUCCAACCACCUGCAGGAGCUACCCUAUGGAGGGUGGGUGGCUCCCAACAUCUACUACCUCGGUUAUGCGGGCGUGGUGCGCUUCCGCGGCGUGAGGAUCGGCGGCAUCUCGGGCAUCUUCAAGUCUCACGACUACCGAAAAGGCCACUUUGAGUGUCCACCAUACAACCAGCAGACAAUUAGAAGCGCUUACCAUGUGAGGAAUAUUGAAGUCUUCAAACUCAAGCAGUUAAAGCGUCCAAUUGAUAUAUUUAUGUCACAUGAUUGGCCAAGGAGCAUAUAUCACUAUGGAAACAAGAAACAGCUUCUGAAAAUGAAAUCCUUCUUUCGUCAAGAAGUGGAGAGCAACACCCUAGGAAGUCCGGCUGCUUCAGAGCUUCUUCACCAUCUGAAACCCACAUACUGGUUCUCAGCACAUCUUCAUGUUAAAUUUGCAGCUUUCAUGCAACACCAGACAAACUCCCAAGAAGAGCUACCAAAAGCAACAAAGUUUUUGGCUCUGGAUAAAUGCCUACCACACAGAGACUUCCUGCAGAUAGUAGACAUAGCGCAUGAUCCUAGUGCAGGUGACUCGCUGGAAUAUGAUGCUGAGUGGAUUGCAGUCCUCAAGGCCACCAACAGCCUUAUUAAUGUGACUCAAAGUUCUUGGAAUAUGCCUGAGAAGAACGGCCUCCAUGCAAGGUGGGAUUACAGUGCGACAGAAGAAGCCAUCAAAGAGGUUCUAGAAGAGCUGAAUCAUAACCUCCAGAUACCUUGUAACUUCACACUAUCAGCUGCUUGUUAUGAUCCCAGCAAGCCCCAAAAACACAUGCAACCAGUUCAUAUCAUCAAUCCUCAGACCACUGAAUUUUGUGCCCAGUUUGGCCUCACUGAUAUAAAUGCCAGGAUCCAGCAAGCUAAAGAAGAGGGCUCAGUACGAGGCGAAUACGAAGACGACGAGGAAGAAGAGGAGAUGGACAGUACAGGGUCAGCAGAGGAACCCAGUGACUAUAAUACAGAUCAUUCUGGACUUUCAUCCAUUAAUCCAGAUGAAAUAUUGCUGGAUGAAGAAGGUGGUGAUGAAGACUUGAGUACAUGUUCUGUAGAUCCUUCCCCUGAUCAUCCUCCUGACUUUUCUGCGAGUUUUUCUGACAUCCGGAUCAUGCCAGAUUCCAUGGUGGUAUCAUCUGAUGAUGCUACGGAUUCCAUUAAUGAGGAACUGGAGAGAUCUGGUGAGGGUAAGCAGGUAGAAGAGAAGAGCUUAAAUGAGAGACCAUUAAAGCGCAUGGGUGGUAAUGGAAAUGGCAAUAGUGGCAUUAAAAUUAAGAGGAGGAAUCAAGCUAUCUAUGCUGCAGAGGAUGAAGAUAAACCAGAGUAAUACUUCAUGUGAUGUGUAUAUAUAAGUUCUCUCUGUAUGUUUUUAUGGGAAAGUGCUGAGAACUGUGGUGGACUACUUUUAAUGUUACUUGAUCUUAUUCUUGUUACUUUUUUAAGCUGAAGAGGCUGUAAGUUCCUCUCACUGGGAGGAAGAUUUAUUUGGAUUGAACAUCAAAAUCCGAAGCAGACUUUUCCAACAAAGUACUUCAUCAGAGGAUUUAAAGUUCAUAUAUGAUCAGUUAUUUUGCUUCAGUUCUUGGUUGUUAGAGUAUACCACAUAUCAAAGCCUGUGCUGCUAGACAAGAUUCACCCUGCUUGUUUAACAAAAGAACUCUUAAACUGUCACUCAAGUCAAAGGGAGAGGAUGCCUGACUUAAAAAGACCAAAUUAUUUCAUUUUAUUGCUUUUGUCUUGUUUUAUA